ACUUCUGAAAGUAUAAAGCUGUUUGGAAUGUUCUUCAGUUGAUAACUAAUCUAGUCACAUGUGCACUGGUGGCAGCUGUAAAGUGAGUUCCACCUGGUCUGGGUGGGAUGCUCAGGAGUGCCAUCCUUGAAACGAUUAUUUGUAGGACAAAGAAAAGGGUUGAUGGUGUGGGGGUUCUCUGGGCAGUCUUCAGCCCAGAAGUCUCAACCUGUCCAGCAGCAAGUGCCCAAGCAAGUAUUUAUCAUCUUGCAGGGAUAGAUCUUCCCUGCAAUUCUGUGCAUGACUAUGGGAAUAUGCCUGAGUAAUCUCCUAGGAAGUACUAGUAGGAGUGUCUGCUACUGUCUACCUUAACCAGGAAAGGGAAGGACUGUCAGUGUCUUUCCCUUUUGCUGUCUGCCCUGAAUGUUGAUCACAAAGAGCAUAAGGCUGUAACAAGCAUUUGAGAUGUGUCAGCAGGUGAUAAGAGGGGUGCUUACCUAUGUCAAGCCAUGGGGAGACUUGUCACUGAAGCUCAGUUUGGAAGUAACAGAUUGCUUAUGGCUUCAAAUAUGUUCUCAAUCAGAGUUCCUGCUGAGAAAGGGGAAAGAGACUGAGCUGGGUAUACAGGAUUUCCUGCCCGCUACAAAUGUCUGCCAGUACUGUAUGUGAUGUAAACAGGAAAAACUAAAACUAGCUGUUUUCAAAACUGGUAGCCAAACAUGAGAAGAACAAGAAGUGAAAAAGAAGAAAGUUUCAUUGAAGCUGAAUGUUCUGACAAAGAAAAAGUAUGAUACUGUCUUGGCUUGUUAGCGUCCUUUGCUAACAAGCACCAUCUAUUAUCUUAAUGAACUUCCAGGCCAACAGACUCCUGACAAUAAGCUCAGUAUGUUCAGAGGCUGAAUGUUAGUGAGAGCAGUUGUUUCCAUGGUAGUGUUACAGAAGCUUGAUGGUGUUGUCGUGUCCCCGAGACUUAUUGCUCAUAAAGAAAGUUGUAUGCAUGAAAAUACUGUCAGCUGUUAUUUCUCACCAGCAGGCACAUUAAUUUCACUUGAAAUAUGCUUUAUUCAUUAAGAAUUUCUUUUAAGCAUUAUACAAAAAUGGUGUUUUGUUUUUGUCAUGUUUGUCUGUAGUGCAAAGAUGAAUUUAUUACCAGAGCAGAAACCUGAAGAUAAAGUAUCAGCUUUAGCCUGAGUGUGAUCUAAGUACUAUGACAAAAACCUUGAUGGGGUUUUCAGAGGCAGAAAUCCACUGCAAGUUCAUCUCCAUGAAUGCAUUUUUAGCUUACAAGGGGCUUAGGCUUUAAGCCCCAGUAAAGUUUACUUGGAUACAGCAACACAGUACAUGUGGCUCUAGAUCAAUCUGAUGUGAGUUAUCCGUAACCCUCCUCCCCUAUAUCUCUCUGCUGGUAGUAAUCCCAUUAGAUGAUUGCAUCUGGUGUCCUUGACAGAUGCAUUUAGUCAAUUGAAAAAGAACUCCAGGUGGUUUAAUCGACUGUGUGGCUGUUUUAUAACCAGAGCCUCUUGUACCUACAACUUUGCCUCAAGUGGAGUGGAUCUAUGGCUCAUUGCUAGGCUCUAUCAGCCAUGCACAUAACCAUUUUGUUAUUUAGUUAGAACUACGAGAAUUGAGAUGUUUUAAGCGUUUUCUUUUCCUGUAGAACUGUCUUUAGAAUGGGUCUGAGGAAUAGGGGAGAACGGUUUUAGAUUUGGUGAAGUGAAUGAAAUUUGCAGAAUCACAAUUCCAAUAUGCAUUACCUAAAUGAUAGCUGUGAUUAGUCAAUAUCUUUUGGGGUGUGGGGAUAGCUGGGGAAGAUGCUCUUUUUUUUUUUUUUUUUAAGUGUAGCUGUGUUAUUGGAAUCUGUUGUCUAGUUUUCCUUCAAAGAAGCCACCUCUUGUUGUAUACAUCAGCUCACAUUUUACAGUCGCGGGCAAGGAUGUAUGGUUUGAUCUGCAGCAUUCACAAUACAAAACCAGCAGAAUCUAAUCUGUACAGACACAUCAGGCAAGGCCAUAACACUGUAAUUGCAGGCUGUGUUGUCCAGGAUGGUGAACUCUGUUUGUACAGUUUGGGUGAGCUGUAGCUUUUUUAUGUCUGGCAGAAACGCGUUGGUAAUGCAGUACACCUUGUGUUGAUAGAAUAUAGGAAACAUAGAUGGUUUUUGCAUUGUGUACAGAAGGGAAAAAGGCUGAUAACUACUUCAAGAGUUAGUUACAGUUAGCUAGUUAUAUUUCACUGUUUUAUUACUGGCUAAAACAAAUACAGUAUUUUCUGGCUAUAAUGAAAGGAACAUAAUAGAAAAUAUGGAUUGUCAAAAGGAAACUUUCAGUUAUUAAAGUUUUGCUGCAUCCUCAGAGUGGCAAAAAGGAAAGUAUAGGAAACUGAAUUGGCCUGUUUCUUCUAAAAAUGAGGUAGGAUCGAAGGAAAAGCACUGAACUGGCCUUCUGCAGUUGCAGAUAAAUAGAACCCUAAUUCCUAGGAAAAGGAGAACAUCAAAAUUUUAUGUUGGGACAGUACUGUAAGUGCACCUUUUUAAAGAUGCAGUGAGAUAAAGUACACAAAGUGUUGAGCUGCAUUGUAUUGCUCAGGUUUUGACUGUUAACCUUACUGCUGAAGCACGGAAAAAAACUACAACUGGAAAAGCAUUAUUUUGUAGCAUGUUGCCAUGGCCAUAUCACCCAAGUCAGGUCUGAUUUAAUCUUAUUGAUUGAAGGGUCACUAAAUGUGUAAUAUAAAAACUGUGAUUCUUUCCUUUCUAGAAAGGGCCUGCUUUUACAAAAUGCUGAGGGCAUGAUGACCAGCAUUUACAAGCUGGUGUAAUGAACAGUGGGGCUGAUGAUGAUGACAUCUAUUCCACGUCUGUCAUUUGGAGGUCAUCUCAUGGUCACCUGCAAAAUAAAGGAAAACAUGAGGAUGUUUCUCAGAAGCAAUGAGAUUAAGUGGAUCAGCUGAUGUGCUGUGCCUAGUGGAAAGAAGCUUAUUUAAAUUAAGAGGAGCAGAGAACCUGUGCCUCAGUACUAAAGGAAGAUGGACUCCACAGAAGACCUUGACUAUCCUCAAAUCAUCUUUCAAUACAGCAAUGGAUUUUUAGUCUCAAAGGUUAUGUUCACUGCCUGUGAGUUAGGAGUGUUUGAUCUUCUGCUGGAGUCAGGACAACCUCUAUCUUUAGAUGUCAUUGCUGCACGCUUGGGUACAAGCAUCAUGGGGAUGGAAAGACUUCUGGAUGCCUGUGUGGGAUUGAAGCUUUUGGCAGUAGAGCUGAGACGAGAAGGAGCCUUCUACAGAAACACAGAAAUUUCCAAUAUCUACCUUACGAAGUCAAGUCCCAAGUCUCAGUAUCAUAUUAUGAUGUAUUACUCCAAUACCGUCUACUUGUGCUGGCACUACCUGACUGAUGCUGUGAGAGAAGGAAGAAAUCAAUAUGAAAGAGCUUUUGGCAUUUCAUCUGAAGACCUCUUUGGAGCCAUGUACAGAUCAGAAGAAGAAAUGCUGAAAUUCUUGGCUGGCCAGAACUCAAUCUGGAGUAUAUGUGGCAGAGAUGUACUUACUGCAUUUGACCUUUCUCCUUUCACACAGAUUUAUGACCUGGGAGGUGGUGGAGGAGCUCUGGCCCAAGAAUGUGUUUUCUUGUAUCCAAAUUGCACAGUCACAGUUUAUGACCUGCCCAAAGUUGUACAAGUGGCCAAAGAGCGAUUGGUUCCCCCAGAGGAGCGACGGAUUGCCUUCCAUGAAGGUGGUGGAGUGCUACUGGUUGAAUCACUCCUGAGAGGAGACAGAAGCGGACCUGUGGAAACCCAGCUGUAUUCAUUGAACAUGUUGGUGCAGACAGAAGGAAAGGAACGAACAGCAGCUGAGUACAGCGAGCUCCUUGGGGCAGCUGGCUUCAGGGACGUCCGAGUCAGGAGAACUGGAAAAAUCUAUGAUGCUGUUCUGGGGAGGAAAUGAUAGUGUCUUUCAUUCUGUAUUACUAAGUACACGUGGACAAAUGUGAUAUUCUUUUCGUAGAAGGCUAUUAUAGAUGUAGUUUUUAUUGAAGGAAGUCAACUUCUCUGUUAGCUGAUUAUCAGGAGAAUCAUUAAUAAUACACUUUCAGUGUGGAUAGGUUGUGAAUUCAGCAGCCUGACUAGGGCUUGCCUUUGAAUCUGAAUAGCAAGAGAGAAUUUGACAUCUGUUCCACAGUAAAUUACCCAUGAAAGAAAUGUGCAGUGUUGCUGCUAACCACUUUACAUAUAUUUCUUCUUUUUUAUUUUUAUUUUAACAGAGUACCUGACAAAAGCGAAGCUGAAUUUUCAUU